GGAGGGACUAGUCGCAGGGAAACGACGCAAGUGAGGGACGCAAGGAUUUCAUUUAACCGACCUGAGACGGGGCCCACGAGAAGCAGGGAAAUGAGUUUUAAGAGCAAUGGGACGUCCUUACAGUCUCAGCUCAGGGAAACAAACUCCCUGUUCCCUCGCGGAAGUCUUGUCAUGUGACUCCAGUUUAGAUAAACAGAUGUCACAUGAUUCGCGCUUCAUUUCUCGACAUGGCGGCCAGAUGUUUGCAUCUGGCUGCUCUCCUCUCCUUCUUCUCUGGAGCUUUACCUUUUCCUCUUGGACCAGAAACAGGAAAGUCUCCAACCUGCGGAUAUGAGUCCUGUCAUGCCACACAGCCGGACAUGCUGAACGUGCACCUGGUCCCUCACACACACGAUGACGUGGGCUGGCUGAAGACCGUGGACCAGUACUUCUACGGAGACCGUAACGACAUCCAGCAUGCGGGGGUGCAGUACAUCCUGGACUCGGUGGUGGACCAGCUGCUGAAGAACCCCGAUCGGAGGUUCAUCUACGUGGAAACGGCCUUUUUCUACCGCUGGUGGAGGCAGCAGAGCUCCAGCAUGAAGCAGACCGUGAAGCAGCUGGUGGAGGAAGGGCGUCUGGAGUUUGUGAACGGCGGCUGGUGUAUGAGCGAUGAAGCCACGACCCACUACAGCUCCGUCAUCGACCAGAUGACCUUGGGGCUUCGCUUCCUCAACGAAACCUUCGGUCUCUGCGGUCGCCCCCGGGUCGCCUGGCACAUCGACCCCUUCGGACACGCCCGGGAACACGCCUCCAUGUUCGCUCAGAUGGGGUAUGACGGCUUCUUCUUCGGGCGUCUGGACUACCAGGACAGAUCUCUGAGGAUGGCCACUAAGGAGCAGGAGCUUCUGUGGAGGGCCUCCGAGAGCCUCACCCCCCCCAUGGCCGACCUCUUCACCGGGAUCCUUCCCAACGGGUACAACCCCCCGACCGGCUUCUGCUGGGAUCAGUCCUGUGACGAUCCACCAAUCAGAGACGACCCUGAGCUGGAGGACUACAACGUGGACGACGUGGUGAACCGCUUCGUCGCCAUCGCCAACAGUCAGUCUAUGGUGUAUAAGACGAACCACAUCAUCAUGACCAUGGGCUCAGACUUCCAGUACGAGAACGCCAACCUGUGGUACAAGAACCUGGACAAGCUGAUCCGCUACGUGAACGCUGAGCAGGCGGACGGAGGGAAGGUCAACGUGCUUUACUCCACGCCGUCAUGCUACCUGCAGGAGCUGCACCGAGCCAACCGCACCUGGGCUCUGAAGACGGAUGAUUUCUUCCCGUACGCUGACGCCCCUCACGAUUUCUGGACCGGAUACUUCACCAGCCGCCCGGCGCUGAAACGAUACGAGAGGAUCAGCAACAGCAACCUGCAGACGUGUAACCAGCUGGAGGUGCUCGGGGGUCCGGACUCCAGGAAGGGCCCGUUUGGGGAGGGGGACAGCCAGACCCUGA